AUGAGGAAUAGAAGCAAAAAGGUGGUGGCCCAGCUAAAGAAAGCCACACUGGACAUGUUGGGCGAAGGGCCAGAGGCUGCGCAGAAGAUGACUCGCAUGAUUAAUCCGCAGGCAGCGCAGCGCAUCUUGGCGGCGCUGCGCGAGGCGCACGGCGGGCGCCUGGAGCUGGGCGGCCCCGCGGAGGUGCCCGGCGUGGCGAAGGCGGAGCGCUUCGUGCAGCCGACCAUCGUGGUGGAUCCCAAGAAGGACAGCACGCUGAUGACGGAGGAGAUCUUCGGCCCGGUGCUGCCGGUGCUCACGGUCUCCAGCUGCGAUGAGGCGAUUAGCAUCGUGAAUGGCAAAGAGAAACCUUUAGCUGUCUACGUCUUCGCCCCUUCACCGGUGGUGGACCAUGUUAUGGCCAGCACCAGCAGUGGUGCCGUGGUGGUGGGUGACGUCAUGAUGCACAAGGGCAAUCCAGAACUGCCCUUUGGAGGCAUCGGAGGCUCCGGCAUGGGCCGCCUGCAUGGCAUUUCUGGAUUCGAAGAGUUCUCCAAUCUGCGAGCGGUGAUGAACCGGCCUUUGACCAUGCCUUCGCCCAUGCGUUUGCCCGUGGAGCCAGCCUUGGCAAAAGUGGCCUGGACGUAUGCCAACUUGAGCCCCAAGUUUCUGAGAACCAUGGGCCGCGCGGGCAAAGUGCUGGCCCUCCUGGCGCUGGUCUUCGUGGCACGGCGCAUCGCGCGCUGGAGAUCGGCCAUCUGA